GAAGCCUAUGGCGCUGGUGUGGAUUGUUACCUGUCCUGUCCUACCUGUUUCGUUCUUUUCUGGCUUUCUAAACCCCUCUUUCGAAAUUCUUGCUUCUCAAGAAUGUCGACAGGGGAAGAAGAGAAAGAAUGGAUAAUGGAAGAAAGGAAGGAGAGGGCCAGCCAGUCAGCCAGCCAUACCCCGAACAACACCAAAGCAGCGAUGCACAGGCUGGUUUUACUCGCACCGGCAGAGGCUCGAAUAUAACAACGCAGCAUAUACUGUACUUUGGCUUUCUACGCCACUAAAAAAAAGUGUGGAUUCUCCAACCUCACAUCAGAAAGUUCUUCCGUCUCUGUCUCAACACACGCUUCUCUCUCCAGUUCUCGAAUGAAACAUUGAAGAAACCAACUCGUUAACACCAGUUGGACGCCAUUGAAGUGAAAUUAGACACAUAUAACCACCAGUGGAUUUUUGUUUCAGUGCAACAGAUAGAGAAUCCAUUUUGGGAUUUUUGUUCUCGGUAGACAACCUUCGGUGUAUUCAUUCUUGUGUGUUCGCGUUCCGAAAGUCGUCGUCGUCGCCAUCAUUGAACGGUGCAUAAAAGUAAAGGCGAAGGAGACGUGAGAGGAAAACAACAAACAGAUAAGCGACCAACCUGCAGCAGCCAAGUUGGCAGGCUCUGGUCUAUCGCCUUAAAAUAGAGAUAUCGGGCAAAAGGCGAGGUCACACUGAGACAACACAGGAUUCGACGGCGUAGAUGCUUUUUUCUGGCUGUUAGUCUCAGACGAGGCCCAUGUGAAGUUCACUACAGGCGUCGUUAAAACACACCUGUUGAUGUGCAUCUUGUCGUCGUCGUGUUCUACAUUUUGACACACCUGAACUGACCUCAUCGAUUCAACCCAUCAAGUAAAAACACCAAGUAACAAAAGUAGUUCCACUUGUUGAUUGAAUUGCUCUGUUAUUAGCCCAUCAUGGCUUACCGAGAAAAUCGUCUGCCCGGCACUACCAAUGGCUACACUCCAGGUGGAGGAAGUGGGGGAUCUCAAACAGAUAUUGAGGAUGGCCCAAGCUUUGUGGUUGAACAUUUAGCCACCUUCACUGUUUCCCAACAGAAUGAAGUCAUGUAUCCAGCAGACGGAAUGCGCCGCCUUUUGCACAUGGAAAAGACGUCUGGCAUUUGGACACAAAAGAUGAUUUUACGUCUUGACCGCGAAUGGGUCACCAUACAGGAUUUCGAAAACGGCGAAGUGGUUGAACGCUUCCCGCUCAACCUCAUUCUAGAACCGACAGCUUUCACCAGCUUGGACCCCAAGGAUUUGUACAAUAAUAUUUUCAUCUUCGUGGUUGGCGAAGAUCCCCUCAACCGUGACCCACCUGAAAUGCACAUCUUCCAGUGCGUCGGGGUCUCUUCCGAACUAGUUACCGAGGACAUGAAGAUGUACAUGGCCGGUAACUACCGACCGAGCAAUCCGUCGCGAAUUCCACCCCCACCGAACAAACCUCCACCGGAGCCGCCCCUAAACGGCGCAAACCACGCAGUUUUCAUGCGUCACAUUAACGAUGACGCCAGUUCAACCUCAAGCGAGCGCUAUGAAAAGGACGUGACGGUUCUGAACCGCUGCUUCGACGACAUCGAGCGCUUCAUCGCCCGUUUACAGCAUGCGGCCGCAGCUCGCCGCGAGCUCGAACGACGUAGAAAGUCACGAAAAUCGAAAAAGAAGGAACAAGGAGAUGGCAUGUUAUCCAUGAGAGCUCGACCGCCCAGCGAGGCAGAAUACAUCGACAUUUUCCAGAAAUUCAAACUAUCUUUUAACUUAUUGGCCAAAUUGAAAUCGCACAUCCACGACCCUAACGCUCCAGAGUUGGUUCACUUCCUGUUUUCACCGCUAACAUUGAUCGUGGAGGCGUCACACGAGUCCAACACCGUACCCAAUCUUCCGGCUCGUGUCGUCGCACCACUACUCACAUACGACGCCAUCGAGCUACUUUCCAAUUGCUUGUCUAGCAAAGAAACUGAGCUAUGGCACUCGCUUGGAGACGCUUGGCACACACCCAAGGACAAGUGGAACAGCUAUGUUGUCCCUUACGUACCGACUUUCAUGGACGGCUGGACGCCGGAUGCCUCCUUCUUCCCAGAUGAAAAGGAGGAGAAUAAACGCUCAAACACGGAAAUGACGCGAUACAGCAACGAAUUUUUCUACGACAGCGACCGUGGAGAUCGAAGAUCACAUUCCCCGCCUUCAGACCGUGACUUUGGUCCGCGCAGUGAUAUUUCCAAUGAUUCGAUCGAGAAGAAUGGCGACCCAGCAGCUCGUUUCGAACACCAGCAACGUCGUUGGCUGGCCGAACUGAAGGCCCGCAAUGCCAAGAUCGUCCAGGUUACAUAUCCACGAACGGCCAACAACGACAAGGAGCUGACUGUCGUCCGUGGCGAAUAUCUUGAGGUAUUGGACAAUAGUCGCAAGUGGUGGAAGGCUCGCAAUAUGCACGGCGUAACCGCCCACGUUCCACACACGAUCGUCACCAUGUUGGUCCAGGACGACGAUGUUUUCACUCCACCCUCGUCGGCUGGUUGGCACAAAGGCAAAAAAGGUGCUGACACCAGCGAUAGCUACAGCGAGGACAGUGACGGCCUGCCGGCCAAGAGCCGCCGACAGAGACGUAGAGCCGAGUCGGUGAUUUCUAUUCCGCCACCACCUCCACCUCUACCGCCCAAGGAGGUUGAAAUCAUAAAAAAACCAAUCAAAAAGGAGGAAGCCAUUAAACCGAAACCUAUGACAAGAAGCCUCAGCAGUCAAGACAUGAUGGUCGAAGAACUGAAGAACCUAUUAGACAUUUACCAACCGGAAAAAAAUAAAUUGGAUAUUCGUAAAACUCCCGAAAUGUACAUUACACUCAAAUCAACUCCCGACGAAGUUCGCGAUUGGCUCAAAGCCAAGGAAUUCGAUAUUGUGAUUCAGAAGCGUUUGAAUGGCAUGAGCGGUGAAGAGUUGUUUAAGCUGAAAAAGGCAGAUUUGGAAAAGUACUGUGGCAAAGAAGAAGGUCAUCGACUGGAUUCACAGUUAACUCUUCAGCGCAGAGCAUCAGGGUAUCAAACAAUGCGUUCAUCUGAACUUCAAGAAGCAUUAAAGAGAGCCCGAAUGAAAACAGAAACCAAGAACGAUCAACCAAAGAAUCCUACCAAAAAAGAAGAGGAACGAUCGCGCUCCUCUGAAACAGGUGGAUCGCACAACAAGAAUGAUCGUGACUCCUCUCCGACGGUCCAGAAAGCACCGAAGAAACAAACCAAAGCCAAAGCACCCCUGAACUUAGACAGCGACUAUGAUUCCGAUGACGACAUCGUCAUCCCAACCGGGACGCUACGUGACAUUAUUCGCAAACAGAAAAAGAAGAUGCAAAGCACUAGUAGCAACGACGACUAGAAAACCUAGAUUAUUUUUUUUAAAUAUUUCUAACAGAGUAUAAUAAGUUUCCUUGAGAAUUAUGCUUUACUAUAUUAUCUUUACUGUACGAAAUUCAUCGAAUAUUUAGUACUAUAUAAUUACAUGGAUCAAAGUUGUUAAAAUUGAUGAAGCAAUCUUAAAUUUUAGAAAUAGACGGACAAAUGUA